AUGUCAGAUCCUUUAUCUGUGACCGGGAGUGUUGUGGGGAUCAUAUCCUUAGGUCUCCAGGUAACGCAAUCACUGUACAACUACUACGCUGCUAUCGAUACCCAAUACUCAGACGUCACCCACACGGCGCGCAAACUGGAGAGCUUGCUGGAGAUACUCAACUGCCUACAAACCCACCUCGAUGGCCGCAAGGUCGAGGUCGACGGAACGCAUGUGCUCGAUAACAUUGAGUCUACCAUCAAGCAGUGCGAAGAGUGCAUCCAGGAACUCCAAGAGGAAUCUCGAAAAUUUGAACGUGAGCCGGUGGAUGGUAUUCGGACCGCUAUUCGAGCCACAGGCCGCCGACUCGCGUACCCUUUCCGGGAAAGUACGCUAAAGAAGUUGGACGAAGACAUUGAUGAGCUAGUCAUCCAUCUGUCACUGGCUCUGCAGCUCUUACAGCAAGACGUUACCAACCGCAUCCAGGAUGAGAUCGAGGAUACGAGAGCGGUCCUGGACUUGGUCAGGGCUUCUCAGCUCUCCUCCGAGAUCCAAAUUUGGCUCAAGGCACCCGAUGCUUCCAUCGACUUCAACGAUGCUUGUAAGAAGAAGAACCCGGGCACUGGUUUGUGGUUCAUCAAGAGCCCUUUCUUCAUCUCCUGGCUCGAGCGUCCCAGAUCCUUCCUUUGGCUGAAGGGGUUCGCCGGGUGUGGGAAAUCCGUCUUAUGCUCCACAGCGAUCCAGCAUGUCUUUCGACAUCGAAGGUCCAACCCAAAAGUAGGCAUUGCCUUCUUUUCCUUCACCUUCGCGGACGAGGGCAAACAAGAUACCUCUGCGAUGAUACGGGCGCUCCUGCUGCAGCUGUCAAGCCAGCUCGGCGUCACAAACACCGCUCUCGCACAAUUGUACGAAAGAUAUCGCACCGUCACGCCAUCAGAUCAGGCCUUUCUAGAGUGCCUCCGCCAGCUUGUUCGUGGUUUCCUGGAUAUAUACAUCGUGAUUGAUGCGCUGGAUGAGAGCCCGCGGGAAAAACAUCGAGAUGCGAUGCUUCAAGCACUGAACGACAUCCGCGCUUGGCCAGAGCCAGGGCUGCACAUUCUCGUAACGAGUCGGGACGAAGUCGACAUCCGUGACGCGCUUGGAGCUAUGCCAGAAGAGGUCGUGGUCAUGAAGAACGACGGCAUAGACAAGGACAUAGCGAGUUUCGUUUCGCAACGCCUCCGAGAUAAUCGACGUCUCCAAAAGUGGCAAAAACACUAUGACAGAAUAGAGCAGGUGCUGAUCGAGAAGGCGAAUGGAGUGCAAGCGCUGGCCAGUUGCCUAAGAAGCGAGUAUCACCUCGAGCAACUACUCCAAUCACUGCCACGGACGUUGGAUGAGACCUACGAACGCAUGCUCCGAAACAUCCCAAUGGAAUCCAAGGAAUAUGCUCGACAGAUGCUGGCGAUUCUCUGUUGUGCCGUAAGGCCGUUGACUGUUCCGGAGCUCAUCGAUGCCAUGGCCGUCGAGGUUGGCGCCGCCACGGCCAGCUUCGAUGCGAAGCGUAAACUUGAGGGCGUCGACGACUUUCAACAAUUAUGUCCGGGCUUUACGGAAAUCGAUGGGCAUCGUGACUUGGAGACAGUCAGCGUGCGUAUUGCCCACUUUUCUGUUCAGGAAUAUCUCGAGUCGGAGCGGAUUCGCACCCAAAAGGAGGCCUCGUUCUUCAGCGUCCAGAGACGGGAAAGCAAUGAAUUGAUGGCCAUUACAUGUCUAACGCUGCUAUUGGAACCGAAAGUUUCCACUAUGGAGCCUUCGCUCGUCCGAGGUCAAUAUCCGUUUGCGAAAUACGCUGCCCAACACUGGCAUCACCACUACCAGGGGUGCGCCCAAGAAGGGUUGGCUGAAUCACAAGCCAAGCGACUAUUUCUCGAAGGACCCGCGUUUCAGGCUUGGAUUACUAUCCAGUAUGGUGGUGAUGUAUAUGGCAGGAAAAGGAAUGGGGAAACGCCAAACCCCUUAUAUUACGCGUCACUACUCGGAUUAUACUCUACACUGCGCGCUCUUCUGAAAGAGAACAAGAGACAUGGUUCUCCAACUGUGGAAGACAAAUCGCUCUCCUGCAACCUUGAUACUGUAGGCGGAAACUGGGGAACAGCAAUCGCAGGAGCGGCAUCUCGUGGCCACCAACAUAUCGUGCAGCUGCUUCUUGACAACGACGCUGACGUCAACGCCGACGGGAACGGCUGGACAGCACUUCGAAUUGGAUCUUUUAUGGGCCAUAAGGAGGUUGUGCAGCUUCUCCUCGAAAACGGGGCUGACGCUACUAUUGCAGAUCAAUUUAGAUGGACGCCAAUGCAUAAGGCAUUAGCUAAAGGCCACAUCAAGGUGGUUAAGCUGCUCCUCGAAAACGGGGCUGAUGUUAAUGCCGCAAAUCGAGAUGGACAGACAUCAUUGCAUUUUGCAUCAGUUCGAGGCUACACUGAGGUAGUUAAGCUACUCCUCAAGUACAGGGCUGACGCUACUAUUGCAGAUCAAUUUAGAUAG